AUGAUUCCGAGAUAUUGUUUCUGUGGAACCUACGUUAAGCUUGUUGUUUGCACCACUAGCAAUAAUCAAGGAAGAAAAGAAUACAAAUGUCCAAAUUCUGAGGAUGGUGGAGAACACCUGCAAAAGUGGUGGGAUGAUGCGGUUAAUGAGGAGUUUACUGUCGUCCAUAACAAAUUUGAAACCCAGAAAGAAUCAAUCCACCACGCUUACCAAAAUCCUAUGUUGGAGUCAAUUCGCGAGUCUGUUCGAAACAUGCGUGCUCAAAUCGAUGAUCUUGAGAAGCGUUUGGAGGAGAAAGAAACUGAGAUUGGCAAGCUGAGGGAGUUGCUAGCUAAGUGGUAGUUGUUGUAUGAUUAUGUAUUUCUCUAAAUAUUGGUAGACUUCUAAAUUUUCUAAUUUCCCUAUGUAGACUAAUUAACUAAAAUUGCCUAAGUGUUUCAAAAUUGUAUGUUUUAUUCUUAAAUUGAUU